CUCCGCUCAAAAACAAACUCAUGUCCAAAACCUCAAUCCUAAAAAUUCAAAAGCUGUUGGGUGUUGUAGAACAGAGAAGACAAAAAUGGCUUCCACCUCAGCUGUUUCAACGGCUGUGCCAUUGGCUCACUCCAGCCAAAGGAGGGUGCCAAGCUCUGACGCCUUCUUCAAGCCGCUGCCCAUUAGGCCACCCAAGGCGGUUGUCGCCAGUACAAGUUCCGGCAGGAGGGUUGAAGUCAAGGCAUCUUUGCUCAAGGAAAAGGCAGUACCGACGGCUUCCAUGGUCAUCCCCGAGGUGGCUGAGGUAGCGGGAUCCGGGAUUUCUCCUUCUCUCAAGAACUUCUUGCUCGGCAUUAUGACUGAUGGUGUUUUGCUCGGAGUAAUUGCUGGGGCGGUGAUUGGUGUUGCCAACUUUGACCCCGUUAGGCGGAACUGAUCUUUUUUAAUUUUUUGUACCUGUUCUGUGCAACUGUUAUCACGUUCUAAGAAAUGAACACUGCCUUA